AUGAUACAAAAGCGGAUCAUGGAUUAUCUUUCACAGUUGAAUCUAACUUGGAUGUUCAAGAAAUCCCUGUCUCUGAUCUUCAUCUCAUUCGCUAUCCUGGGCAUUUCCUUUAUUGUUACAUACGACAAGCGACGAAAGCACCUGCCUCCAGGACCCAAAGGUCUACCAUUCAUUGGGAACCUCAAACCGCUUUCGAAUCCAGAUGAGAUUCCGAAUAUUACAAGAGGCUGGGCUCUAGAGUAUGGUCCUAUAGUGUACACCAGAAUGGGUGUCGGCGAUUGGAUCUGGGUCAACUCAGCAUUAGUGGCCAAGGAACUGUUUGACAGGCGAGGUUCAAAGUACUCGUCCCGCCCACGAAUGCCUAUGGCAUUUGAGGCCACGUCGAACCAAAACCGCGAAAUAUUCAUGCCAUACGGAGAGCGAUGGAGAAAGCUGAGGAAACUCAGCCACGCAGCCCUUAACCUGAACACCUCUGCGACAUACAAGCCAAUCCAAGAUUUCGAGUCCAAACAAGUCAUGUACGAGUUUCUGCACACCAAAGAUGACAUGGCAUUCCACGACAUCAAUCGGCGAUAUUCAGCUAGUGUGAUCAUGACAGUCACUUAUGGUCAUAGAGUUGCGGACUGGAAUGACCGCUAUAUCAAGAAGAUCUACGAAGUUCUUGAGCACUUUACUUUAAUGUCUGAGCCCGGAGCUUGGCUAGUUGAUGCCUUGCCAUCGCUUGCAAGUCUGCCCUCGUGGAUGGUCCAGAAUUGGUGGAAGAUUGGACGCGAGUGGUUCGAGUACGAUCGCCAAGUGUACCUCGAAUUUUACUUGGAUUUGGUGAAACAGAUUCAAAAUGGAACGGCACCCGACUGUGUUAUUCGAGAUUUCUAUGAAAGUGGACUAGAGAAAAAGGGUAUCAACGAUGAGCAAGCUGCGUAUGCCGCGGGCGGCUUGGUGGAAGCCGGCAGCGAGUCGACCUCAACCGUCAUCAAUGCUUGGAUAUUAGCUUGUCAAAUCUAUCCUGACGUCGCCAAAUCCGCGCAAGAAGAGCUAGACCGCGUCAUUGGUAAUGAUAGAAUGCCCGGGUUUGAAGACGAGGAUAACCUGCCCUACAUCCGAGCGAUGGUGAAGGAAACGCUUCGAUUCUGGCCUGUUACAAAGCCUGGGAUGAACCAUGCGACGACAGAAGAUGAUUGGUAUAAUGGUCAUUUCAUCCCGAAAGGGAGCGUUGUAAUGCUUAAUUGGUGGGCUAUUCACUACGACGAGAAGCGUUGGGAUCACCCAGAGGAAUUUGACCCAACCCGAUACCUUGAUGAUAAAUACACGACUGCUGAAUCCGUAAAUCUGGCUGAUGGAGAUGCGAGAGACCAUUUUGCCUAUGGCGCCGGCCGUCGUAUCUGUAGUGGGAUGCAUCUCGCCCAAAACUCGCUCUAUAUCAACAUGGCGCGAACCCUUUGGGGAUUCAACAUCAAGUGUGGAAAAGAUGAGAACGGGGUACCGAUUCAGCCUGUAUUGAAGACAGAACCUGGGUUCUUGAUGGUUCCUGCUCGGUUUCACGCGGUACUUGAGCCAAGAAGCCAGAAACAUGCUGAUAUUAUCGACAAAGCAUGGAAGGAAGCAGAGCCUCUGGGUGUUAUGAUUCAGCGAAAGAAAGCACACUACCUUUACGUGCUGCCAAGGAUUUUGAGAUAUAGGAAUCGUCCAGAGGGCUUCCCGCCUGAUGGCCCUAUAGCUACGAUGAAGCUGGGAAACCUGAACAUGUUCCUCCUCAAUGAUCCCGCUGUAUUUUGUGAUCUGCUGGAGAAAAGAAGCAAUAAUUAUUCGUGUCGCCCAGAUCUAUAUGCUCGACAGAAGAUGUAUCACGUCCGCCUAAACGUAAAGUCCGCCGAUAGAUACCUCCCUUAUCAACACUGCGAUAGUCUGCAGCUUCUAGAUGACAUUGUUGACCGCCCAGAUGCUUGGCUGGAACAUAUCCAGAGAUACACUGCCAGUAUCUCAACAACUGUGCUGUACGGGUGGAGAACGCCUUACACCAACACAGGUUACGUCAAAGACCUUCUUGAAUGGAUGGAAGUCACCUCCGAUGCUCUAAACUUUCAGCUUGUUGACUUCUAUCCUUCUCUGCGUAUUCUCUAUAAAGUCCUUCCUAGUUGGGUGCUUCCCAAUAAGAGAAAGCUUGAAAACCUUCAGAAACUGGAAAACCGAGUAUUUUACGAUCUACUGGGAAAAGCAAAGGAGAAAUUGGAAGCUGGAGAGGCUCAUCCCAGUUUUAUCCGCGAUAUGUUAAUGGACCAAGACCACGACCGGCUUGAUGACCGCCAAAUUGCGAACAACGCAGCACAUGGCUUCGGGGCCGCAAUGGACACUUCGGCGAAUACCCUUGUGGGGUUUAUAAAGGCCAUGGUCAUGUUUCCUGAUGUUCAAGCGAAAGGGCAGGAAGAAAUCGACGCCGUGAUCGGGAGUGCACCGAGUCCUAUUAGUGCGGCGGUCCCACAUGCUGCUAAAGAAGACGACGUUUACAAUGGGAUGGUUAUCCCGAAGGGAUCAAUGAUGAUGAUAAAUGUUUGGACCCUGAAUCAUGAUCGUUCCUCCAAUCCUCGCGACUUCGACCCGACGCGGUAUGCACCUGAAGCAACUUUGGUGGAAAAUAACUCCAUCAACCAGGAUUCUCCUCGCCGAAUGCAUUUCACGUUUGGGGCUGGACGGCGAGUUUGCCCAGGGUUCCAUGUAGCCGAAAGGAAUAUAUUUAUCGUAGUAUCUCGCUUGCUCUGGGGCUUUGGUUUUUACCGAGCCCGGGACGCAAGUGGGAAAAUAAUUCCCAUUAAUCGAGACGCGGUAACUCCCGGACUCAUUGUACGACCGGAGGAUUUUGAAUGUACGAUCAAGGUUCGCAGUAAGAGCCGUGAAGAGUUUAUUCGAAAGAGUUGGAGUGACGCCCAAGAGAACCUUGACAGCGAAGGAAACUUCACGCCUGAGUUUAUCAAAGCCUCAUUCAAAUAA